AUGACACUAAUCAAGGCUAAGCUAAAGAGUGCCUCUUCAAAUGCAACAAGUCUUCCUUCCCACAUUAAGGGGAGAGUUACAUCUUCUAACUCUACUCCUCCUUCUACUUCAAGUAAUAUGCCAAGUGGAUGUGUAUUUUGUGAUGUUUGUGGGUCAUAUGACCAUGAUACUUCUAGUUGUCCACAUGCAUUUGAGAAUUGUGAUGAUGUUGAAAACAAUGAUUGUGAACAAGUGAAUUUUGUUUCUAACAAUAACAAUGGACAAAGAUUUGAAAGUCCAAGGAAUUUUGGGACUAGGAAUGCUCACCAACAAGGGAGUUUUGAUAACUACAACAGUGGUGGUUAUUGGAACCAAGGAAAUCAAGGUUUCGGAGGUAACUAUAACAAUCAAGGUUAUAGUAAUCAAAACCAAGGCCAAGGGUAUGGAAAUCAAGGCCAAUCUCAAGGCUUUGGUGGCCAACACCAAAAUUAUGGCAACAAUCAAGGCCGAGGUAAUUCGAACAAUCAAAAUAGGGGCAAUUUUCAAAACAACAAUCAAAGGGGACCCCCACCUGGAUUUUCUCCAAGACCUCAAGGCAAUGGUGAUAAUUCCUAUGCUCAACCCCCAUAUUCUAGAACUAACUUGGAGGAGAUCAUUGAAACCCAAACAAAUAUAUUAAGCACUUACAUGGCGGUGAGUGACAAGAAGUUUAAUGAGAUGAUGACACACAACUAA